AUGUAUUCAACCGGAUCUUCUUUUUCGACUUCAUUGGCCAUUGGUGAUUUUAACAAUGACAAUCGCCUAGACAUUAGUGUGGUUAACAAUGAGACUAACAGCAUAAGUAUCUUACUUGGUUAUGAUGAAGGCUUUGCUGAUCUAACAACUUAUUCAGCUGGUUCUCGUUGUGUAGUUGUUGGUGAUUUCAACAACGACGCUCGCUUAGAUAUCGUCGUCACUAACGACUAUGACAAAACUGUAACUGUACUUCUUGGAUAUGGUGAUGGCUCCUUCGAAAAUAGAAUAACAUCUCCUACUGGUACUUCGCAAUAUUCUGUAGCUGUUGCUGAUUUAAAUAACGACACCCAAUUGGAUAUCGUGGUUGCCUAUCAACUUCACCAGAAAAUAGGUAUACUUCUCGGAUAUGGCAAUGGCUCGUUUGCCAAUCAAAUACUGUAUUCAACUGCCUCUUCUAGUAAUCAAAAGCCAUAUUACAGUGGCUCGCAGCCAUACUUUGUAGCUAUUGCUGAUUUUAAUAAAGACAAUAGACUAGAUAUUGUCGUCGUGAAUAACGGUGACAACAAUAUAGGUAUAUUUCUUGGAUAUGGUAAUGGUUCUUUUGCUAGUCAAACAACGUUUUCAACUGGCUCUAAACCAUAUUCAGUAGCAGUAGGUGAUUUCAACAAUGACACUCGACUGGAUAUUGUUGUUGCUAAUUUCGAAAACGACAGUGUUAGUGUAUUGCUUGGAUAUGACAAUGGGUCUUUUGCAAAACAAAUGACGUAUUUAACUGGUUCUCGACCAUGUUAUAUAGUUGUUGGCGAUUUCGAUAACGAUACACGACUGGACAUCGUUGUUGUGAAUCAACGGUCUCACAAUGUAGGAAUACUUCUCGGAUAUGGAAAUGGGUCAUUUGCAAAGCAAACGACGUAUAAGACGGGUUUUUCUCCACACUGUGUAACUGUUGGUGAUUUCAACAAUGACUCACGACUGGAUAUUGUCGUCGCUAAUACAGAUGACAACAAUGUAGGUGUAUUUCUCGGAUAUGGUAAUGGUUCUUUUGGUACUCAAACAACGUAUUCAACUGACUCUUACCCAUACUCUAUAGCUGUUGGCGAUUUCAACAAUGACGCGCGACUGGAUAUCGUCGUUGCUAGUAUUUUUGGUAAUGAUGUGGGUAUAUUGCUUCAUUAUAAUAGAGGAACUCUUACAAACAAAAUAACAUUUGCAUCUAGUGAUGGUUCUCAUUUACGUAGUUUUGUUACUAGCGAUUUUAAUAACGAUGGACUAGUGGAUAUCGUUGUUGCUAAUUACGGCACCAACAAUAUAGGUUUCCUGCAGGGACAUGGACAUGGAACUUUUGGCAGAGAAAUGAUAACUACAAUAAGCGCGGAUUCUUAUCCAUAUGCGAUCGCUAUUGGUGAUUUCGACAAAGACUCUGAGCUGGAUGUUGCCGUGGCCAAUCAUGGCUCUAAUAAUGUAGAUAUCUUUCUUGGAGAUGGAAUGGGAAGGUUUGUGCGUCAAAUAAACUAUGGGGACAGUUUUGAUCAAGUUCCAUCUGUUGUCGCCACUGGCGAUUUGAACAAUGACGGGCGAUCAGAAAUUAUUGUAGCAUAUAAUGACAAUGACAAUGUAUAUAUACAUGUUCCCUAUGAUACAAGCUCUUUUACGAAUCAAAUGACCUAUUCAACUGGCUCUUAUCCAUAUUCUGUAGCUGUUGGAGAUUUUAACAAUGACGCGCGAUUGGAUAUUGUCGUUGCUAAUAGAGAAGAUGAUAAUAUCGGGAUAUUCAUCGGAUAUGGUAAUGGCACGUUUGCUACUCAAAUGACCUAUUCAACUGGCUCUUUCCCAUACUCUGUAGCUGUUGGCGAUUUCAACAAUGACGCGCGACUGGAUAUUGUCGUCGCUAAUAGAAAUGAUGAUAAUAUCGGGAUAUUCAUCGGAUAUGGAAAUGGCACGUUUGCUACUCAAAUGACCUAUUCAACGAAUUCAUAUCUAGGGUUCGUCAGUUGGCCGUGUUCUGUAGCGGUUGGUGAUUUCAACAAUGACGCGCGACUGGAUAUUGUCGUCGCCAAUAGCGCUGCCAAUAAAGUAGAUAUACUGCUCGGAUAUGGUAAUGGCUCGUUCUCAAGUCAAACAAGUUAUUCUUCUAUGUCUUCACCAGAGUCUGUAGCUGUUGGUGAUUUCGACAGCAACACCUGCUUGGAUAUUGUCGUUGCUAACUAUUAUAGCCACAGCAUAAAUGUAUUUCUCGGACAUUGCAAUGGCACUUUUGGUGAUCCAAUAACAUACAUAGCCGAUACUCUUUCUUACAUCAGCUCUAUAGCUAUUGGUGAUUUUGAUAAUGACACACGAGUUGAUAUCGUCGUUGUUAAUUAUGGCUACAACAAUAUAGGUAUACUUCUCGGGUACGGAAAUGGCUCUUUUAAAAAUCAAAGAACUUAUUCAACUGGCUCUAGACCAACUUCCGUAGCUGUUGGUGAUUUGAACAAAGACGACCGAUUGGAUAUUGUCGUCACUAAUUCUAAUGGCAUCAGUGUAAGUGUACUUCUGGGACAUGGCAAUGGCUCUUUUAGACAUCAAACUACAUAUUCAACGGGAUUAUGGCCAAUGUCGAUAGCCAUCGGUGAUUUUAACAACGACACUCGUUUAGAUAUCGUCGUGGCUAAUAGAGAUAGUAAGAAUGUAAGCGUACUUCUUGGACACAUUAACAUAGUUUUUGUCAAAAAAAUGUUGCUCACCACUGGUCUUGGCUCUCGGCCGCAGUCGUUCAUCAUUGGACAUUUUAAUAAUGAUGAUCGAUUAGAUAUCGCUAUUGCCAAUUCAGGCACUAAUAAUGUAGGCAUCUUUCUUGGAACUGAAAACUUUUAUUUUACAAAUCAAACGAUGUAUGAAACUGGUGCUGCUUCUCGUCCAUAUUGUUUAGCUGUUGGUGAUUUCAACAACGAUACUCAAAUGGAUAUUGUCGUCGCUAAUUAUGGUAGUAAUACAGUUGGCAUAUUUCUUGGAUAUGGUAAUGGAUCUUUUUCAAGCCAAAAGACAUUUUCAAUUGGUGAUUCUUCAGUUAUUGAUAUGACUAUAGUAUCAGAUAUAAUAUAUGUCGAUCAACGUUUAAUUUUAUCACAAAAAUUAGAUAAUUCAAUGAAAUAUUUAUUGCCUAAUCAGAAACAAACUUUUAUUGCUGGUUCAAUUCUUUUCUCUAAAAUGUAUUCAUCUUUCAGUAGAUAUGAACAUAAAAAACGAUUUAUUCAGAUGAAAAAGAAAGAAUCAGAAAAUAAAAUUAAUGAAAAGUCAAUUACUGAAGUAAAUGGUGAAUUAAUGGAAUUUACACCUGAUGAUCGAUCUUAUCCUCGAUCUGAAGAAACUGAUGCUGAACUUGAUCAUAUGGCAAUUGAACUUAUUGAACAUGGUCACAAUCUUGAUUCAAGUUGGAUAUCUCGUAAAAUUCGUGCAUCUGCUGCAUGUCAUAUUAGUGGAAGACUUGCAUUAGCUUUCAAUUUGAUUCAAAAACCGAUUCCUUCUCUUGUUCAAAUUACUAAUAAUAUUCGUAUUUGCGACGAUUAUCAUGAAUUUAUGAAACGAAUAACUAAACUUCGACAAUGUGAAAUUGUUAUUCGUGAUCCUAAUCGUAUUCAUCGAUUUUAUCAAAAUGGUGAAUGACCAUAUUACUGUGGUGUUGGUGCUUGUCAGACUUAUGGCCGUGAUUUGGUCGAAGCACACUAUCGAGCUUGUCUGUAUGCCGGUUUGGACAUCGGCGGUACUAAUGCUGAAGUAAUGCCUAGCCAAUGGGAAUAUCAAAUCGGUCCAACAUUAGGUAUUGCUGCUAGUGAUCAGUUAUGGAUAAGUCGUUAUAUUCUGCAAAGAAUCGCAGAAGAAUACGGAAUUCAAGCCACGUUCGAUCCAAAACCCAUGGACAUUGGUGAUUGGAAUGGAGCUGGAUGUCAUACAAAUUUUUCGGUGGAGGAAAUGCGAAAACCUGGCGGAAUCAAAAGCAGAAAUAUUCCUUCACAAUCUCAACGAAGACGUAUAUGACCAUAUUACUGUGGUGUCGGUGCUUGUCAAGCUUACGGUCGAGAUUUAGUCGAAGCACACUAUCGAGCUUGUCUGUAUGCUGAAUUGGACAUCGGUGGCACCAAUGCUGAAGUAAUGCCUGGCCAAUGGGAAUAUCAAAUCGGUCCGACAUUAGGUAUUGCUGCUAGCGAUCAGUUGUGGAUAAGUCGUUAUAUUCUACAAAGAAUCGCAGAAGAAUACGGAAUUCAGGCCACGUUCGAUCCAAAACCCAUAGAUCUUGGCGAUUGGAAUGGAGCUGGAUGCCAUACAAAUUUUUCAGUGGAGGAAAUGCGAAAACCAGGCGGAAUCAAAGCAAUUUUAAAAGCAAUUGAAAAAUUGUCUCGUCGGCACAGUACUCAUUUGAAAUACUAUGAUCCGACUCAAGGAUUGGAUAAUACUCGUCGUCUAACGGGCAAGCAUGAAACAGCCUCCUAUCAACAAUUUUCAUCUGCAGCAGCAUCGCGUAACGUUAGUAUUCGUAUUCCGCGUCAAGUUGAUGAAGAACAAUGCGGCUUUUUCGAAGAUAGACGUCCGGCUGCCAAUUGUGACCCAUAUGCUGUCACAAACAUUAUAGUCAAGACAGUUUGUUUAGAUGAAACGGAUGGAAAUUAG